UUUAUUUUUUUAGAAAAAGUCUUUAUAAUAAGUCAUACAAUUAUCUCGAGUUAAGAAAAUCAAUCGUUGAUGAUGGAUUUAUAUUACUUCUUGCAAUACAUUAUUUUAAUGUCCUUUCUUUUCAAUUUUACAAAUAAUCAGUUUUUAAAAAAAUGCUCUUGGAACAUAGAUACUAAUGUUUUUAUAGACGAAUGGAUUAGAACUGGACAGCUCUAUUCAUAUUGUAUGCAGGGAAUUGAUGAAAAAAAUAAAGUUGAUUUGAAGUGUACAAACAUUGACUGUAAACAGUGUAUGACAGUCUGCAACCAACCUUUGCCAUUCAAUGUAUUAGUUUGCCAGUCAGCGUGCAAUACUUCACGAGCGUGUAUUUUGGGCUGUCAGUUUUACUCAAAAUUGCUUGCUAAUAAAGAAAAUGGUUCUAAUUUACCUAAUAGUUCUGCUGCUUAUGUAUCAAUUAUUGAUAAUUAUUUCUUGAGCUCCACUUUUCAAUGGCCUGUCAUCAUGUCAAAUAACAGUCUUUUAUUAAGCAUAUACUUGGUAACAAUUACAAGUCAAAAUGGCAUUUUUCAAAAAGAGACCGUGUUAGGUUUAGUAGCAGAUAACCAAGUGCAAGUUAUUGAAGCAGAUGUUUGCAACAAUCUUAUUGAUGAAUCGUAUAUGUUUGAAGAAUAUAAUAGUUUCAGAAUAAAUGUUUAUCCUAUUAACUACAAUGGGUGCAACAAAUUUGAUAAUUUUUCAAGUGUUUUAUCAAAUUUUAGGAAGACAGCUGCAGUAGCAAACAUAAACUUAAGCUCAUAUGGGAUGUAUUUACGAGAUUAUGAAUUUGAAUAUAUAAGUUGGAAUAUAACUUAUGUCUUACCAAAAGGUAUGUCUUUUUUCAAUUCGGUGGCAGCUGAAACGUUAGUACCUGAUUGCAUAACUAGCAAUGUUGUCAAAACUAGUUUUUUCCCAGUUAAAUUGACUUUUACAAAUUUUUCUGGCACUUUUAAACUGAUAAAUCCAUCCCAUGAUCAACUUAAAGGUUGUGCAGUCAGAUUAAAGAUAUUAACAAACAUUGGAAAUUGUACUGUUGGAAAUAUUUCUGAAAUAUCAUUUCGUUACACAGGUUGUCAAGAUGUUCCUAAUUUUCAGAAUUGCAAAAAAACUAAACUGAAAAUUUCUACUUCUCCUAUUGCUGCAAUUGUUGUACCACUGGUAAUUUUCAUAGUAAUAUUUAUAGGUUUUUUCAUUUGGUAUAUGAGAAAACGGAAUCUUAGAUUACAAUCAAACACAAAAAAAGGGCAAAUAGGUUUAAACGAGUUAUGCAUAAAAAAAGACGAAUGGCAGAUUAUGAUUAAUGAUAUUUGUUUUGAAGAAAAAAUUGGUGAAGGAGAAUUUGGAACAGUUUUUAAAGCAACAUUAAAACCAGCAGUUUUUAUGAAUACAAAAUAUUUUGCUAAUCAGUCACCAUUUGCUUUUCAUAACAAGAAUAAAAAUAAAGAAAAUCCUAAUAAAACGAAAUUUGUUGCUGUCAAGUGUUUGAAAGAGGCAACAAUUCAAAAUCAACUUCUGGAUUUUCGUUAUGAAAUUGAAAUUAUGAAGGACAUUGGUUACCAUAAAAACAUUGCAAAUAUGGUCGGAUGGUCUUCUUUUAAAAAAUCCUUAUGUCUAGUUAUUGAAUUUAUGGAAAAUGGAGAUCUUCUUAAUUUUUUGAGACAGAAUCUUGCAAUGAUUUGCUCUAAUGAAGAGAAAGAAACAAAUGUUGGCAAUUAUGAUUAUCCAAAAAGUUAUCAAAAUAGUCAAAAGGUCUACAAUACAUCUGAUUCUUCAAACAUAAAAAGACUAACCAAUUCUAAUGAACUUCUUUCAUUUGCAUGGCAAAUUGCAUCUGGAAUGGAAUAUUUAGGAAAGACAAACUUAGUACAUAGAGAUCUUGCUGCAAGAAAUAUCCUUGUUGGAAGUGAAGGAAGCAUAAAGAUUUCAGAUUUUGGUUUGGCUAGAAAAAUCACAGGUGAAAAAAUUUACGUUAGCACCACAUGUCGGCCUUUGCCUUUAAAAUGGAUGUCUGUAGAAGCCAUACUUCAUUCAUCAUUUACACCUUAUAGUGAUGUUUGGUCAUAUGGAGUUGUUCUUUUUGAAAUUGUUACAUUAGGUGGAAUACCAUAUUCGAAUGUUAGAAACAGUGAGCUUGGUCAUCUUCUUAAGAGUGGUUACAGAAUGGAAAAGCCAGAAAACUGUGGAGACCAAAUGUAUGAUUUAAUGCAAAAGUGUUGGAAUGAAAACCCGUUACUGCGUCCAACAUUUACAGAGUUACGAGAGCAUUUUGAUGAUAUUAUUGGUCAGGAAAAUAACUACUUCAGUUUUGACAUAAAUGAGAGAAAAAAUUACUAUGAUUUCGCCUCUUUUGAUAGAUUUUCUACAGACAAUGAAAAAGACGACCUUAAUUUAGAAUCCGGACUAAUAAGAAAGUGAUAAUUUUUUUUAAACCUUUAUUUAAAAUCGUUAUUUUAAAAACGAUUGAUGCAAUUAAAUAAGUUUUUAUGAAAAUUAAAUAAGUUUAAUGUCAUGAGUUU